AUGUUUGAUUUUAUCUAUUCCCUAUGGGCUGGCAAAUAUGUUUCACCACAACAAAUUGAGCCUCACAAGCUAAUAGCAACCGGAACCGAGCCUUGGGCUUCGGCUUUUGUUUACCCCAAUAAUUGGAGAAUGAAUAACGCUUCUAAACGAGUACUUUUAAAAGAAAAUCGGAAGUGGAGAUUACUGGUAGAUGUUUUGAUACAUAGCCAUGCUUUUCUAUUGUCUGUUCUUGUACUCGUUCUAUUUGUCAUCAUUUCUUGGUUUAAAAUGUUUUAG